AUGGCAAGCUCUCCGCCUGCUCCGUUUUCUGCAACCCUACCAAAACCCAAGAAGAGAUUGUCGAUGAGUUCACAAGCAUCUGGUCAAGGGAGAGAUAAGAGACCAAAGAUACACCCUCUCAGACAAACCUCAUUCCCUGCCGAGCCUCUCUAUGGGUCCGCAGUCAGAAGUGCGCGAUCAGAGACAGGAAGUGUUACAAACAGUCUACUUUCGGGAGUGAGCAGUAAAGUGGCCCCAAGAGGCAGAGGAAGACCUAGGAAGUCGGCCCAACUCAACGAUGCCGAUGUACGAUCAGCGACAGCCGCGGGUGCAGACAAUGCAAGUCAGGCGGACGGAGAUGGACGGGCAGGAAAUCGUGGCAAGUCUGUGGUCAGUGCCAGAUCUGGUGCGGUCGAUGCUGAAGAAGAUGACGAGGGUGACAUUGAUGGCAUGCUUGAGAACAUGGACGAGCAGGAGAGGAGACAGGCGGAGGAAGAAGAGACGAAGCAAGAGCAGCGCAGAGAGCGACUAGCCGACACUCUCGACAUGGAUCAGUACUCACGAUACAAUCAGUGGCGCGCUUUAUCACUGAACAAUAGCACCAUCAAAAGGCUUGUCAAUUCCAUCGUCUCACAAUCUGUCACCUCUGCUCCUUUGCAGGCCGUAAGAAUCUACGGAAAGUGGUUUGUCGGCGAGAUCGUGGAACGCGCCCGUGAGGUGCAGGUCGAUUUCGCCAAAGCAUACGACGAAACUAGAAAGGCCGAGAGAGCGUCACGAGAGAAAGAACUGGAGCUGUUAGAGGAGAAACAGAAACAGGGCACAACUACUGACGCUCAAUCGAGACUUAUCGCCAAAGACAUCGAGCAGCUCAAGAAGGACGUCAAAGCUUAUAUCCCCAAUCCUCAUCGAGGAGGCCUGCUACCUGAUCACCUUCGAGAGGCUUUGCGACGCUAUAAAGCAGAUGGAGAAGGUGGCGGCGUGGGUUUCUCAAGUAUGAGCCAUGGUUUGCUAGGUGUGCCUGGUGACGUUGCUUGGAGAAUUGAUGGUGGAAAUUCUGGUAGGCGGCUCUUGAGGUGA